AAUGUUUCUUCGUCCUCUUUGAAUAUUCUUGGUUUUAUUUUCUUCUACAUUUGUUUGUUUUAAUUCUUGUUCUUUUUCUCUUUUUUUUUCUUCCAUUUUUUAAAUCAUCCCUGUGAUUAAUUGAUUCAGUGUGAAGAAAUAUCUGCAAUUCAAUUUAUCUCUUUUCUAUUUGACUCUCUCACUCUCUCUCUCUUUCUUUCUUUAUCAAUCGUUCUCUUCUCACCGAACAUUUGAAUUACUACAAUUUCGUGUGAAUAUUCGGGUUCAUUGCGCAUUAGAGAUUUUCUCCCAUUUUCUCUUUGGAGAAAAAAAAAACUUCUCUUAUACAUUUUAUUCCCUUUUAUUCUCUUUCUUUUUCUCACCAAGUCUCUUUCUCUCUUUUUCUCUCUUCCAAUCAUCUUCAUCAUCAUCCUCUUUUUCUUUAAGACUCUUUUGUCCAACUGUUUUUCUCUCACCAGUUAUCAUUUGGUGUUUUCUCUUCUUCUCCUCUUUGUGAUCCAUCAGCAAUUCAUCACUUUUUUGCUCUCUUCUUAAAAGAUCAACAUCUUCAUCUAGAAUCUUCAACGAUUUCAACUUUUUACUCAUCAAAAUGUCUCCCAAAUUAAUGUAUUUCAAUAGUUUCAUCUUUAUUCUUGUCAUACUGAUCGCUUUCGUGGCCUGUGAGAGUCCAUCAGACAGACCCCAGAAGACAAAUGUCAAGCAGUCAUCUUGCCGUUACAACAAAGGACCAUGGUCAGAAUGUGCCAAUGGACAGAAAACCCGAACUGAUACUUUAAGAGUCCCAACUUCAACUCCAAACUGUGAACCAACCCGAAUAACAACCAAGAAAUGUAAACCAGCUUGUAAAUACACGAAGGAAGAAUGGUCACCCUGUGAAAAUGGUGAAAAAACUCGACUUCUCACCCGAACCGAGGGAGAUGGUCCUGAAUGUGAACGAACCAAAGUGAUUAAGAAACAAUGUCCAAAAAAGGGAGGCCCUAAACCACCAAAAGCCAAGAAACCAUCAACAGCAACAUACGACAAGGAAGCUUAAUCAAUGAAAGAACAGAAAGAGAUUUAAAGUCUCCUCAACAACAAUUAAAACUCAAUUAAUCUUCUUAAUCAAUCAACUCAUUGAACAUUUUCUCUCUUCAACGAAAGACAAAAAUUUUCUUUUUCUCUUCUCUAUUUCUUACAAUUAUGAAAGUGAAAUUAAUAUAAAUCAACGACAAAGAAAAAGCAAAAAAAAAUCAUUACUGAUUAUUAACCUUUUAGUAAAUAUAAUCUUAAUACUAAUCCUAAUAUUAUUACUACUCAAACUAAUCAUCUUCCUCUCUGAUCAUCUCUAAAUUUCUGACUACCCAAAGUUCAGCUAUUAUCCUGAUUUUUCCUCCAAUAAUGUCCAUUAUUAUCCCGAUGAGUUUGUAUCAUUAUCGUGGUGUAAUUUUGUCAAAUGGAUCAGCUAACAGGCAAUCAAAUCAAAUGACAAUUUGAUUGACUAAAACAACAAAAAACUUUGAACUGACGAAGAUGUAAAGUAAAUUAUCAUUUCCAGUUCAGAAUUCAUCUUUUCCCUUCUUGUUUGUUCAGCUUAAUCUCAAACAUUUUCCAUGAAUCUGAUCAAAAUUCAGGUUAACAACAUGAAAUUUCAAUUCUAUCAGAAAACUUUACUCUUCGAAUCAACAAAAAUGAACUCAUUGGAAACGAUCACAAAUCAAAGCAAAAAGAAAGCAAAUCAAAGGACCAGAGGUUUUCAUCAUCAGGAAACAUCAUGAAGCCGAAAAUUGAAGCUCAGGAAAUCAUGAACAUUGAACAAUUUUACCAAAAAAACAAAUUCUUAUCCAUCAAUCUAACCACUUUUUUCAUCUUCUUACUCCCUGAUGACAAUUUAUCUUCUCUUUCUUUUUUUGUAUUAUGUAUUAAUCUUACAUCAACUAUUAUAAAAAAAAAUCAAAUCGAAAACCUAAAUCUUGAAAGGUUUUUUUAACGAUACAAUUAACACGAUAAUCAAUAAAUUGGUUUAGGAAUAACAACAAUUAAAAGCUCUAUGAUUAUUGAAUAA